CCAAGGGGAUACUAGCAUCCGGCUUUCACCCUCGCCAGCAGCACCAUCUCAAAUCUCCAUUUCAUUAACUCUAACUUGUAUACACAGUUAGUUGGGUAAUGGCCAAAACCAAGGCCUAGAGUUGUAGACUACUUACAGUUCUCCCACCUGGGAUUAUCAACCAAUCGAAUGCCUUGUUAUGAAAACCUCCCGAACAGCCUUCAGGUAAAAGCAAGGACUUGGCUCGGGACAUCAGUCGACGACGUGAAGCGACGGGUGAUAUACAUGUGGUUACUGGCUAUAGUCGCGCUUGGAUCAAUACACAAUGGAAGAUGUAACAAUGAUACUGUGGAAGCCUCCGUGAAGCUGCUGAUUGACACGCUCCUGGAAGGAAAGACGUACGACUCCAGCAUUCGGCCUAGCAGUUCAGCUACAAUGGUGUAUAUAGAUAUUGCUCUGAACGCUCUAGGCCCUGUCAAUGACAGAGACAUGAAAUUCGGUGCCAGCUUCUACCUCCGCCAGGAAUGGUUAGACUCCCGCCUCAAGUACAACGAAUUAAACACCAGUAUCGUGCUCAGCUACAAGAAGCUGUCAAUGAUAUGGGUACCGGACGUUUUCUUUCCGCAGUCAGAGACGGAGCUGCGUCAUGACAUCACCACACCAAAUGUAUUACUACGCCUAUCCCCAGACGGGAUGGUAUUCUAUAGUCAAAGGGUUUCUGUGGAAUUUCACUGUGUGAUGGACCUGAGGAAGUUUCCAAUGGAUCAACAAACUUGUGAAAUCAGGAUGGAAAGUUAUGCAUUUACAACUGAUGACAUACAGAUGCAGUGGUCCUCGGGGCGCCAGUCCCUCAAUGUUCUCCCGAACGCCAACAUGCCCGACUUUGAGCUGCUCUCCGUUACCACACACGACUGCACUGCCACAUACGCUACAGGAACCUUCCCUUGCCUUUACGCCAAGCUGACUCUGAAACGUCAGAUCGGGUUCUACCUCACCCAGACCUACAUCCCCAGCAUCCUCAUCGUCAGCCUCUCUUGGAUCUCCUUCUGGAUUGACCAUCAAGCGAUCCCUGCUCGCAUCUCUGUCGGGCUCCUUACAGUGCUCACCAUCACCACACAGAGCUCCGGAGCCAUGACACAACUACCCCGGGUUCCAUACGUCAAGUCUAUCGAUGUCUGGAUGUCUGCCUGUCUUAUCUUCGUAUUUGCUGCUUAUAUGGAGUAUGCUGUUGUUACUGUCCUCGCACGGAGACAUCGCAAACUGAGCAUGAGCACAAGGCAUAAAGACACGUCAAAACAGAACGGGAGCACUAGUUCUGGUGUGUUCAACAAUGCAUUUGACAAUGACGAGAUGUUCACUACAGGUCGUAUCCCUGCAUCAAGGUCAAGGUCAAAAUCAAUCAUCUCCUUAAAGCUUGAUGGAUCUAAAGACCUUGGAGUAAAGAUUGAUAAAAUCUCGCGCCAUGGCUUUCCUCUGGCUUUUGUGUUGUUCAACGCCUUUUACUGGACAUAUUACAACCUAAUAACGUGACACAAUGGCUUCUUUCCGAGCUUGUAUUCAUGUUAUUGAAUCACCACUUACCUUUUUUGGAAGAAGUGAAUGAGUGAAUGAACUGGGUUUCACACCGCUUUGAACAGUAUCUCUGUUAUACCCUGGCAGUUUCAUGUAGGAAGAAAACCAGAAGAGAUGCUGUUGUUAGAUGUUUGCCAAUUUGGAGAAACCCAUAAACAGGGUUUGGUGCUGACAAUCCGAGCCGGCAUAAGAAGCCAUGAUAACAGAUUUCUGGCCUGCACGGUGAAGUGUGGCGCCUCUGACGAUUCGGCCAACAGGAUGAGGUUUAAGUUGUACGCGUAAAGGCGAUGAGGGAAACAGUGGAAGAGUGUUGGAUUGAUUACAACCUUGUGGCAAAUACAUGAUUUUUUAGACAUCGAUGGAAUUGUUGAUCGUUGUGGAAAUGAAUGGAAACACAAGCUACAUCAUUGUGCAUUUACACAGUAUACAAAAAGUAAUUUUGGUAAAUUUUAUCUGACCCUGAGUCAAUUAUAUUCAGAGAUGUUUGAUUAUUUUGCUCAAAUACUUGCGUUUAUAUGCUUAUGUAAUAAUGACGACGUCAAUGUGUUAUUUGCCAUCACUGAUAUACUGCCACGUACUCACAUCAAUUAUUAAUCAACUUGAUAUAUUUACCAACCAUACAGGAUAUAUAUUUCUCUAUAAGAUUUGUUUAUUUAUUUUUACCUUAAUAAAUAAAACUUGUUAUUCUAUCAAUGUGAACACACAAUGAGAAGAUGUGUGAAUAAAGAUGAAGAUAGAAACUUGAACUAUUGUAUAUAUUACUGCAAGGAAUAAUGUGAUAAAAUAAGAGCAUUUUGGUGUAAAUUACAGAAAGAUAAUUCGAAUUUAGUAUCACUAUUGAUAACGUUUAGAAGCUUGAAAUCCGAAGUGUCCGGACACCUUUUGCACAUUGAAGAAGCACCAAAGAAUACAGGAAGUGGAGGAACUGUAAAUAAUUGUUUAUUGUGAUCUGUAACGAAUGAACAGCGUUUUUGUUCAUGAGCAAACAAUUCCUGGGGAAAAACAUGGAAGUGAUUUCCCUUCAUUGUGUACCCUUUCCGUCUGAUGUUAAAUUUUAUAUGUUACAUAUUACGUUAUGCCGUGAUGGUUGUAACUGUAUGUAUCCUUAUCAUUAUAUUAUUGCAAAUAUUGUUGUUUAAAAUCGCACUCAGCAAUAUUCCAGCUAUAUGGCAAAAGUCUCUGUAAAUGAUCAAGUCUGGACCAAAUUAAACAGUCCUA